UGGAUAAAAUGUAUGAAAAUGGUACACUUGGUGAUGGCAAUCCAAGAGCGUUAAUACAUUCCAUGUGGCUUAUUUGUACAAGUUAUUUUGGCAUGCGAACAGGCAAAGAAUGCCAUGACCUCUGCUGGGGAGACGUACAAUUAUGUAUCGACGAGGUGACGGGGCAAGAAUUUUUAAUGUAUGACAAAGAGAGACAAACAAAAACAAGAUCAGGUUGUAACCCUCGAGAUACAAGAACUGUAAAACCAAAGGCAUUUGGCAAUGAUGAAGACACACGAAAAUGCCCUAUUCACCUCUACAAGAUGUACCGAGAUAAAAGACCAGAGAGCAUGUGUUCGGAUGAAAGUCCUUUCUUUCUGACACCAGGCGGAGGCACUCAGAAGAGCUGGUAUAGAAAAGCUCCAAUGGGGAUCAACAAACUAUAUAACAUCAUGAAUGAUAUGAAAUCAGACGCCAAACAUUACAAAUUCAAGAAUUACCCCAUAUAG